CAUUUGAGGAGUUUCUUUAAUUCAAAUUAAUGACACCUACACAGCUUGUUAAUUACUCAACUUUUCCUUAUAUCAGACUACAUGUAGAGACAAAGUCUGGGUAGGUGUUGAAGGAGAAGGAGCAAGUGAGAAGAGAUCCAGAUCUUUAAAUGGCUUCCAAGAUCUUACUCAUUCUUGUCUUUAUUUUCGAUCUUAUUGCUUUUGGUUUGGCCGUUGCUGCUGAGCAGAGAAGAAGCACCGCAACAACGACGAGUGAUGGUGAGGAUAACUACAGAUACUGUGUUUACAGCUCAGACAUUGCAACUGGUUAUGGUGUUGGUGCAUUUCUAUUACUGAUGGCAAGCCAAGUGAUUAUAAUGGCUGCAAGUAGAUGCUUCUGCUGUGGGAAUCCAUUGAAACCCGGAGGCUCGAGGGCUUGUGCUCUUCUUCUUUUCAUCUUCUGCUGGGUUACAUUUCUGAUUGCUGAGGCUUGCCUUCUUGCUGGUUCCGUGAGAAAUGCUUACCACACCAAGUACAGGAGAUUCUUCUUCGAUAAUGAGCCCUCUUGCGAGACUGUGAGGAAGGGAGUUUUCGCUGCAGGAGCGGCUUUCACUCUAUUCACCGCCAUCGUCUCUGAAUUUUACUAUGUUAGUUAUUCCAAGUCAAGGGGAGGUCACGGAGGAGACGCUGCAAUCGGCAUGGCAGCCUUUAAGUGAGGAGCUGAAAUGGUGGAUCACAUUUUGUGGAGUUAUGCAUCUCGAUAUGGGAUUAUUUAGUUUAGCUGUGCUACAUAGUAUAUGCAACAUUGCUAUUGUUUUGUUCAAACGUGCAUAAUCUUUUCUUCUUCUGUGUUGAUAUACUGUUUGCCCUUCCUUCUAUACGUUAAUCACAAACAAGAGAGUGAUGUUUCUUUU